GUCAGUAGCCAGACAUGAACUGUGAGGGUCAAACAUAGCUACCCAUCGGACGAUCCACUUACAGCCUUCCUGAGUCCCAGGUCAUAGAAGACAGGUAGCCCUACCCUUGGUCAAGGGUAGCUGUGGCUCUGUUGUUUGGCGCUGCUGAGCCCUUAUUGGCCCCCAGGCAAUCAGACUUAAUAGACGAGCAACUGCCAUCCAAGCUUUUGACCCAGGGUCAUCCACCAGGAGCAUGGGGCUCCCAGAUGUCCAGCUCUGGUUGGUGCUGCUGUGGGUACUAAUAUGGGCACAGGGCACAAGAUCUGCAUGUCCCUCCUGUGAGAGCCCAACACUGGCACCUCAAGCAGAACGAGCUCUGGUCCUGGAGCUAGCCAAACAACAAAUCCUGGAGGGGCUUCACCUGACCAGUCGUCCUAGAAUAACUCAUCCUCCACCCCAGGCAGCGCUGACCAGAGCCCUUCGGAGACUACAGCCUGGGAGUGUGGCUCCAGGGAAUGGGGAGGAGGUCAUCAGCUUUGCUACCAUCACAGACUCCUCCACUUCAACCUGCAGCUCCAUGUUCACCUUCCACCUGUCCACUCUUCGGUCCUACUACCUGUACCGUGCCCGUCUUUGGCUGCAUGUGCUCCGAACCCUUCCUGGCAGUCUUUACCUGAGGAUCUUCCGAUGGGGCCCAAAGAGGAGGCGCAGAGGAUCCCGGGCCCUCCUGGUAGAGCACCAAAUCACUACCCCAGGCUGGCAUGCCCUGACUCUGCCCUCUAGUGGCUUCAGGGGUGAGGAAUCUGGUGUCUUGAAACUCCAAUUGGACUGCAGACCCCUAGAAGGCAACAACACAGUUACUGGAUCUCUGAGGUGGUUCCUGGACACAGUUGGACACCAGCAGCCCUUCCUGGAGCUUAAGAUUCGCAUCAAUGAGCCUGGAGCAGGCCGGGCCAGGAGGAGGACCCCCACCUGUGAGGCUGAAACCCCCUUAUGCUGUAGGCGAGACCAUUAUGUAAACUUCCAGGAACUGGGAUGGCAGGACUGGAUCCUGCAGCCUGAAGGUUACCAGCUGAAUUACUGCAGUGGGCAGUGCCCACCCCACCUGGCUGGCAGCCCUGGCAUUGCUGCCUCCUUCCAUUCUGCUGUCUUCAGCCUCCUAAAAGCCAACAAUCCUUGGCCCGAGGGUACUUCCUGUUGUGUCCCUACUGCCCGAAGGCCUCUCUCUAUCCUCUACCUUGACCAUAAUGGCAAUGUGGUCAAGACGGAUGUGCCAGAUAUGGUGGUGGAGGCCUGUGGCUGUAGCUAGCGAGAGGACCGGGACCUGGGGGUUCAGAUAGAAGAGAUCAAGUUGGGGGUUCUAAGUAAAGGGCAUCUGUGUCUGGAGGCAUCAGAUUUCCUGAUCCAUAUCUCCAUCCAACAGGCCACCUGGCAGUAUGACUGGGUUGACCCCUAUGUGACCCAAAUUCACACUUUCUUGUCCUAGACUUUGGCCUUUUUUUCAGGCUGGUUGAUAUGUGAGCAAAUGGGUAAAGUAUUUCCUCUAAAGAGGACUACCCAGACAGCAUGAUUUUCUACCCCAAUCUCUGCAAGAAGAUGGCAGGAGCUAGUAGGGGAGGGAGGGAAGGAGAAGGCAGAGAAAAAUCACUUAGUCUCUACCAAGAAGAGUAAGUCCUCAAGAAAGAGAAGGAGGAAGCAGAAGGUCCAGCAAGCUUGGGACAGGGCAAACAGGCUAGCCAAGGACAGGGAUUGCUGAGUGCUUUAAGGGAGGGUCAAGAGGGAGAUGAACAAGGUGCCAAAGGAGGGUGUUUAGGAGAACCCCAGAAAUGGGAAUCAGGAAAAAGGGAUGCUGAGCCUAAGAGUUCUCUGAUUUUCCCUGGGGAAACAAACAUUUAUUAUUAUUAUUAUUUUAUUAUUAUUAUUUUAUUAUUAUUAUUGUUAUGGGGAUUAAACCCAGGGGCACUUAACUACUAAGCCACAUCCUGAGCCCU